GAGGAAUCGAAUGUCGAAAUCUUGGAGACUCGACACAGGUGUCACGAACGGAGUGAACGAAAUCCCUACGAGGAGGUGAAAAACUGCCGUCCCGGUUCAAAGAAAUCAUCUGACACGACGACGUAUCGCACGGCCGACGCGCGAGUCCCUUUUUCCGAACGAAAUUCCGAGGGAGGAAAUAGAGAGUGAGAGAGGGGGGAAAAAGAAGGAAAGGAGAAAAGGGCUUGCACGUUCGCAGUACACGCACGCACACACACGCACACAACACGCACAACGACAUCACGGGGCUACUAACUACUCAGGGCAAAACGGGACGAGCAGUGUCAUCCGCGAGUGCGAUUUCUCACCCGGCGGACAGCACCAACCAGCAAUCUUCCAAUUCAAGUGAUCAACUCUUCGACCAACAAUUUGUGAAUUUCGCGUCUGCACGGACUGUCCUUCCUCGUUCACACCGUCCGGGCUGGGCAAUCCUGAAUUUUAACCUGAACUUAAGUGUAUAUGAUAGACUUUAAGUUAGAUAGAACAAAGAAAUAGGGUGUUCUCCGCUAACGAACGGAGGACGUCCAUUCGCGCGCGCAUCGAUUCAUCGGGCACCAACGCAUACACACACACACACACACACGCACACGCACACACCCGCACGCACACGCACCCACACGCGGGCACACACACGCGCACACACGUGUACGCGUAUAUACAAACACGACGUACGUAUCAACGCAAAUGCAGACCAGAGGAACGAGAAGAGGGAGGAGGAGCUGAAGAGAGAGAGCGAGAGAGAGGGAGAGGGAAGAACGAGACGAGACUCGGAAGAAGCAUCGUACCAUCGGAUACGCGACGCGCGUACGACGAUCUUUUUGGAUCAUCGAGUGUUACGGGAGUUACGGGAAAGAGAAUCGAGAGAAGGGACAAAGGGGGAGGAGGAGGAGGAGGAGGAGGAGGAAGAAGAGGAGGGAGAGCAAGAGCAAGAGGAAGAGGAAGAGGAAGAGGAAGAAGGAGAGGAGGAGGAGGAAAAGGAGGAGGAGGAGGAGGAGGAGGAGGCGAAGGGUGGAUCAUCAUCGUCAUCGGCGGUGUUGGCUAAUAAGACGAGGAACGAAGAAGGAAGGGGUGCGAGGAAGGAGGCCGAGGGCAAGUACCGAGUCGGAGUGAGAAGCGGCGGGAGAAGAAGAAGAGGUAAAAAAAAAAAGAGGGAAGAGGUGCAUCGAGGGAAAGAGUUUCAUGAGCCAAGAAGUAGCGGGAGGCAGAAGGAGCAGCAGCACCAGCACCAGCACCAGCAGCAGCAGGCCGGGGAAGUCGAAGCAGGUGGCGAGUAACUGACGUUGCCCGCCGCCCACGUCGAGCCGAGGAUCGUUGUCCUUAAGGCGGUAAGGAUCCUGGGCUGAGCGAAAGAGGAAGGGAAGAACAAGAAAUAGAAGGAGGAGAAGAAGAAGAAGAAGAAGAAGAGGAAGAAGGAGAAGGAAGAGAAGGAAGAAGGGAAGAGAGAGAGAGAGAGAGAGAGCGCGGUAAGGAUAGAGCGGAGAGGAGGAAGGUAGGAAGGAACGGCGGCGAGCGCGGAAGUGUGCCGGCCGUCGAGCUGCUUACCGGAAGGGGUGCGAAAAAGCGGGCAAGCUGCGCCGGAAGGGGGUAGCCCGGGCUUCUCGCGAAGGCCUCAAAAUUUCGGACGCGACGGCGGCCCUGGACCUACGUGCCCAGUCGCAAACCCAACCCGACUUUGGCUUGGACCACCACCAGCAACAGCAUCACCAUCAACAGCAACAGCAACAACAGCACCAGCAGCAGCAGCAGCAGCAACAGCAGCAGCAACAACAACAACACCACCAACAGCCGCAGCCGCAGCAGCAGCCGCAACAGCAGCAGCAGCAGCAGCAUCACCAUCAUCAUCAUCAUCACCACCAUCACCCGCAGCAGCAACAGGUCCAAAAUCCAGACUCGCGAAAUCCGCCACACCAUCACCUUCAACAGCAUCAGCAUCAUCCCGGGAAUCAUCUCCACUCUGGCGAUUCGGGGGGUGGGAUAGGAGGUGGAGGAGGUGGCGGUGGAGCCGGUGGAGGUGGCGGUGGAGGUGGCGGAAGUGGCGGCGGUGCAAGUGGCGGUGGUGUUGCUGGUGUUGCUGGAGGGGGAUCGGCCGAGGGUGACAGGUCGGGCAGGAUCCACGACGAGGACGACGAGGACAUCACCGAGAGGGAGGACGAGGAGGAAGACGAGGAUCCUUGCAGCUCGCCCGAACCGGACCUCGAAAACGAGCCGGAACCAAUGGAGGUCCAAGCGUCGGCCGUCACUGCGGCGGCCGCCAAUCUUCACGCGCUCCGGCAACAUGUAUUCAAAAUGUCCGACUAUUGGCAACAACCUCAACGGGGCCCGCCCCAACAGUCGCCCGGUAUACAGCACAGCCCCAUCUCGAACGCGACCCAACAGCACCAACAACAGGUGCAGCAACAGUUGCACAGCCCGCUCAGCCAGCAGCAGCAGCAGCAGCAGCAGCAACAGCAGCAGCAGCAGCAGCAGGCGGUGCAACAGGCGAACGCGGCCUCGGGAUUAGGGCAGACGACCAGCCCCCAACAAAUGCAGCAGCAGCAACAACAGCACGCGAUGUCGAUCGGGCAGCAAACGGGUCAGGGGGGGCAGCAUCAAUCGUCCCCGGUGUCCACCACACCUUCGCCGCAGGCCGAUCACCAGGGUGCCAUCGCGUCGAGCAUGGCCCAGAGCCUUCACAGCCUGGCACAGGCGCAACAGACCAUGUCCCAAGCCUCGAGCCCGUCGCUGGCCGUCCAAGCGGUCCAAGCGGCGCAGGCACUCAAUCAAAACUUGGGCCAAGCGUUGACGCAAGCGUUGACGCAGAACAUGCAACAAAACCUAGGACAAACAUUGCAGCACAAUCUCGCGCAAAGCCUCACUCCGAGCUUGUCGCCUCAGCAACAGCAACAGUUGCUCAACCAGCCCCAGAAUCUGAGCCAGGCCAGCCAGAGCCUGCAACAAAACAUCCAAAGCCAGGCGCAGAAUUUGUCGCAAACGUUGCAGCAACAGGCUCAGAAUUUGACCCAGAACCUCGGCCAAAGUUUAAGCCAACAGGCGCUGCAACAGCAGGCGGCGCAAAACCUCACGCAAAACUUGCAACAACAGGCGCAAAAUUUGACCCAGAAUCUGCAACAGCAGGCGCAAAACCUGACGCAGAAUCUGCAACAACAGGCGCUCAACAUGGCCGGCAGCAUCGCUCAGAACGGUGCCCUCGCCGGGAUGAACAUGACGGCCAAUCAGCAACAAAAUUCUCAAAACUCGAUGCUGAGUCCAGGCGCGACGAGCCAGGACUCCCACGACGCCAGCCUCACGGAAAAACUCGUCAACGAGCUGCAGUCUCGUGCCUCUGCGGCGGGACUUGGAGGUGCGGGAGGCGCCGGCGGAGGCGGAGGAAUGGGCAACAUCAGCGAACGCACCCUCGAGGAAUGCUGGUCCACCCUGCAACGAUUCUUCUCGCAGAUCUUCAUGCACAAGAGCGCGAUGCAGAUGCACGCGAGGGAGCUCGGCGCGGCGGGUGCACUGACGGGGAGAGCUGGCGGCGGCGUUGCGGGCGGACUGGCGGGGCUGGGCCCGAUCGGCGUUGGACCGGGCGGGAUGAUCGCCGGGAACGAGGUAAAGCCGCACCAGUGCCAGCAAUGCCUCAAGUCGUUCUCCAGCAACCACCAGCUCGUCCAGCACAUCAGGGUCCACACCGGCGAGAAACCGUACAAAUGCAGCUAUUGCGAUCGCAGGUUCAAGCAGCUCAGUCACGUACAGCAGCACACCCGCCUGCACACGGGUGAACGUCCGUACAAGUGCCAUCUACCGGAUUGCGGGCGGGCAUUCAUUCAAUUAUCGAAUUUGCAGCAACACCUUCGAAAUCACGACGCCCAGGUGGAACGGGCGAAGAACCGGCCGUUCCAUUGCAACAUCUGCGGCAAAGGCUUCGCCACAGAAUCCAGCCUUCGUACCCACACGUCGAAGUGUUCCAAGUACCCGUGGCAACGAUUAAAGGAGUUGCAACAGCGUGUUGUGUUCCAGCAACACGCCGCCCUGAUCGGCGGCCCCAACGCGACCAGCUGUCCCGUCUGCCACAAACUCUUCCUCGGUGGCGAAGCUCUCAUGGAGCACAUGAAGCACACCCACAAGGAUCCCAAUGCAUCCGGAGUUGCCAUUCCCUCCGCUGACUGCACAACCUCCGUUGCCGGGGUUUACCUAGCGAAGCGACGGACCGCCAACCACCCGUGUCCAGUGUGCGGAAAACACUACGUCAACGAGGGUAGUCUUAGGAAACACCUGGCCUGCCAUCCUGAGACCAGUCAACUUAGCACAAGCCUCAGAAUGUGGCCGUGCUCGGUGUGCCAAGCCGUCUUCACUCACGAGAGCGGUUUGUUGAGUCACAUGGAGCACAUGAGAAUGGACCCCAAGCAUCAGUUUGCGGCGCAAUACGUUUUAAGUCGCGCCGCCGCCGAGAGGCGAGAGAGAGAAAUCCUCGCGUCUUCGAGUUUAGGUGCGGGUUUGGGAGUGUUGGGAAGUCAAACAGGCGGACCUCAAAAUUUGCAACAACCACCAAUGUGCCCUUCGCCGUCGGCUCAUUCGGACAGCAGCAGUGGAAACGGAAGAUUAUCGUCAGCCGGUAGUGAACCUGACUUUUGCGCAGGUACCGGUCUGCUGAAUAACAACAACAAUAACAACAAUAACAACAUGGCGUCACCGGGGCCGAGCGGUAACAAGCUGAGCGAGAUGCUACGAGCUGGAAGUCAACCGGGCUCCGCGCAACAAUACCACGACGAGAUGCAGUCGCAGCAACAACGGAUGACGGCAGUGAUGGCAGCCGCCGCCGUGUCAGCGGGUUUGCAAAAUUCAGUGUCACCGAAUCUGUCGCCGGUCGACAUGGCGUCCCUGGCGGCUGCGAUGAGGAUGGGGAACAACGGCGACAUGAGCGGCGGUGGCCAAGGAUCGACGGGGCCUCAACAACAGGGAAUACAAGCUACCGGACCGGAACAGACCCUGAGAAUGCAUCAGGCGGAAGCGUUGCUGCGUUCUCAAGCCGAAGCCGCGCUCAGGCUGGCUGUGUCGCAAGCAGCAGCGGCGGCUGCCAGUUCCGCGGUCGGUGGGGACAUGAGACAUCAUUUGGGCCAGCAUAACGGAGGUAGCACCUCUGGCAUGCCUGGACACCACACGAACCAACAGAUGUCUCAACAAGACACCUCCUUACCGCCUGACCUUGGGGAAGCGUUGCGAUUGCAAGAGCAACGAUUGGAACAAGCCUUGAGGCUUCACGGUGAUCCUCGGGCCUUGAGUUUCACUCUCCAGCACGUGGUCAAUCAGCAGAACAAUCAGCAACCAUGAAAAUUCAGUUACUACUGAGACGAGUGGACCCCUUGGACGUCGGACCAGACGGGCCUGCAGCAAGUGGAGCGACUGAAUGUGAAUCAGCAACCUCUUCAAGGGGUUGACCGUCAGUUGACGCUCAACGAGCAACAACAGCAGCAAGGUUCGUCCGCCAUCGGUCUUCAUCACCAUCAUCAACAGCAGCAGCAGCAGCAGCAACAGCAUCAGCAUCAACAUCAGCAGCACCAACAUCAGCAACAACAACAUCAUCAACAGCAGCAGCAGCAGCAUCAUCCUGAAGAUCGUGGCGUCAAGAGGAAGGCCGACGAUAUGAUCGGUAACUCUGACAACGUGUAAAGAACGACGUACAACUCGACGUGCGAGAAAACACGUGGUGCGCGUGCUCUUCUUCCAUCGUCGAUUCUACGUCGAUUCGCGAACACGCGGCCCGAGGGAGAAAUUAGAAAAGGCGUUCAAGUGUGGUCAUCCGCGAAACUAUUUCCGUCUCAGCAGUAGUAAACGAAAUUAUUAUUAUUAUUAUUGCCGUGUAUUUUCCACGUACACGAUACGAACCCGGUGACAGUGAAAAAUCGAGCCCGACUCUCGGCCGAUUUUUCCUCGGGGAGGUCGUAUAUCCUAUUCUCGCUCGGCCCUAGCCGGGACCAGCGAAACAGCGACGGUGAAACGCUUCUCUCCCGCAAAGACAGUGGGAGGAACUUAGGGGGAGGGAGAGAAGAAGGUUAACGGUCGAUAAUACGUAUCUAGAAAUCCGUUACACGGUGCGUGAGGACGGCAACCAGCGGCCAAUGGUCUUUCUCUCAGCACCGCGCGAACAAUCUCUCACUUCGCGCGGAUCACGUUGUUCCUACUUACUUUCUUACGGUCCUGGAUCCUAGAGUUCCUAGAACGACGACGCUCGCCGCAACACGGCCAAGAACCUCCUCGAUCGUCCCUCCUCGACUCGGCCUCCCCUCGAGGGGGAGAAUGGGACGGAGGGGGAGGGACGAUCCAGGAGGGAAUCCUCUGUCCGUUACUCGAGCGAUAUUCAUUGUUCUCGUUGAGUCGCUCUUCUCUCAGAAUUCGCAGGACGCAUUGUCGCGCUGGUAGCCCGGAAUCACCCCUGAAACGUGCCAUAAUUAAUAAUCCGAACGAAUGGAACGAAAGAGAGAGAAAGGAAGGAAGGAAGGAAGGAAGGAAGGUGAAGAAACUUGUGAACGCGACUUCCGCGAAUCAACCCCUCCCCGCGCCCCCCCAUUCCCCCCACCCGGUGAAAUUGACAAAUCGGGAAAUUGAAGGAAGGAGAGGGGGGCGGGGGGGAGGGUGUCGAUCUCGGACAGGGCGCGAGUACUAUGGGUUUUUUUUAGUACAAGAGCCGAAACAAACACUUAGACUCUAUCCUAGACAAGGCAAAGCCUUGGGUACAGGUCUAAGCCACCGAGAGCGACAAGCCACCGACGAUGUCCAAUCGACGAUCAUCGGGCUUCCCUCUCUAGGCUCAUAAAAAAAAAAAACAAAAACUAAACUAUAACUAAACUAUACAUAAACUAUACAUAAAUAGAAGCCACUUUUAAGGUAAACCUUAAUUCUUAGCUCCCGUAACGUUUAAGAAGGAAGGAAGGAGGAGGAGAAGAGAGAAGGAAGGGAAAGGGUACGCGUCUCCUUGUUGAUAUGUGCGUUAAACGCGGAGACGAGGACGAAGAUCGAUUAAUUCCUCGUACGGUACGUCGUCGAUUGGUACAACGCGCGCGUACAGCAAAAUUAUUCGCGCAUCCCUUUCCCCGUUUAAAAGGAAACGCGAGAAACGAGUUACAGCAAAUGGGGGAAAAAAGGAAGGAAGGAAGGAAGGAAGGAAGGAAGGAAGAAAGAAAGAAAGAAGUAAGGAAGGAAGGAAAAUGUAACGAUGAAGGAUGGUCUGGAUUCGCGAUCGAAGCGGCCACUCGUCGUUGGCCGCCGAUCGAUACGUGAUUUAGUGAUGUAUAUGUACACGCACGGAGAGAAAGAGAGAGAGAAAGAGAGGAAGAGAAGAGAAGGAUGAUGAUGAUGAUUAUUACGAUGAGGAGAAAGAGAAAUAAAACUACACCAAACCACGUACACUCAAACACACACACACACACAAAUAUACACACGUAUACACACGCGGAAAUCCUUGUUACACGUAUAUAUAUAUAUAUAUACACUUGUACACACGUACACACUCGUAUACUAUAUAAUAUGAAAAAAAAAACACGCGAAGAAUCUACUCCACGUAAGGAUAUAUAUAUGUGUAUAUAUAUAUAUAUAGAUAUGUAUAUAUAUAUAUAUACAUACAUACAUACAUACAUACAUAUAUAUAUAUAUAUAUAUAUGUAUAUGUAUAAAAGAAAAAAAAAAUGCGCGCAAACAAUGUGCUGGCCGGCAGCACGAGAACUAUUAGCUCGUAAGCGAACAAACAAAAUAUAAUUAUUACACAAACAGUUAUAUUAUAUAUAUUAUAUAUACAUACAGAGAGUCUGGAGCGUAUCUGAUGGAUUAUUAUUAUUAUUAUUAUUAUUAUUAUUAUUAUUAUUAUUAUAAAUGAGAAGAGGAGAGGGAAGAAAAGAAGAAAAAAAAAAAAUAAACCGAGGGACGGAGGGCGAGGAGAAGAGUUACUGCCCUCCUCCGUCCCCGCCGUUUGUACCGCGUGCACAAUUUUCAAAGAAUAUAUAUAUAUAUAAAAUAUAAUCGUCGUAGAGUGUGCGCGAGCGACGAGCAUUUUUCGUGGGGAAAAAAAAAAAAUAAUAAUAAUAAUUAUGAGAAUAAAUAAAUAAAUGAGUAAAUAAAUAAGAGGAAAAGGAAAAAAAAGAAAACACACACGCCAGAAAAAAUGAGAAAUCGAGCAGAAGAAAAGAAAGAAAGAAAGAGGGGAAAAUGAAAAUAAAAUAAAAAAAUGAAUGAUGAAAAUGAAAAAUGAAGAGGAAGAGAGAGAGAGAGAGAGAAAGAGAGGGAGAGAAAGAGAGGGAGAGAACGAGAGCGAGAGCGAGAGAGAGAGAGAGCGAGAGAGAGAAAAAUAAAAAACUAAAUGCUAAAUAUUAUAUAUAUUAUAUAUAUAUAUAUAAAUAUUAUAAAUAAUAAAUAUAGCGUCUAUGAGACUAGGUUAAAUUAGGCGAAAGAGGAAAAAAAAAAAAUGGAAUGAAUGCGGAGCGCGUACCCGGCCGCUGGUACGCGCACGUUCCCGAGCAACGACGAUCGAGGGUCGAAUGAAAGGAGACGCGUAAGAGAAUCCGAGAGAGAGGGAGAGAGAGAGAGAGAGAGAGAGAGAGGAGGGGCAGAAUGCAAGGAGAGAAAGGGGACGAGAGAAAGAGAAGGAGAGAAAGGAGAUUUGGUGAAUGAACGACCUUGGGAUUUGUCGCGUACGUGGACGGGCACGCGCUGUUGAAUGAAAGAGAAAAGCUGCGCGAAAGAGAAUGCUUCGUGAGCAUCAAGGAGGAGAGAAUGAGAGAGUGAAGCGAAUGAGAGAUUUUAGAGUGGCGUGCUUCAGGUAAUCUGAGGUCCUGUGAUCGUUAUAAGCGAAAUAUUUUUUUAUUUCCGGAUAAUAUAUCUGAACGCGUAAAAAAAAAAAAAAAAAAUACUUGCGUCGUUUCGAACUUUUACUUGCAAUAUACCGUUACGUUCUCGCAAUACUUAGAAAGAGGAAGAAGAAUAAGAAGAAGAAUAAAAGGAAGAAGAACAAGAACAAGAAAAAGAAAAAGAAAAAGAAGAAGAAGAAGAAGAAGAAGGAGAAGCGGAACAGAGGUGGAUCAAUUUAGGGAAAAAAAGAAAAAAUACGAAGAUGAGGAUGACGAGGGAGAGGAGAGGAAGAAGAAUAUAGAAAGUAACGUAGGUUUGACCGUGGAGCGAACUUUAGAGAACUCGGGCCAGCCCCUUACUCCUAAAUACCUCUUUGUGAUGCCCCAUCAAUCUCGACCCUAAUUCCCCUUUUUCCGACCUUUUAUAAAACUCCUGGACUGUCCGUACUUUUCGAUGGGGUUUCUUUCGACGAGACCAGACGAGAUGAAACGAAACGUUGACCGUAAACCACAACGCGUAUCCGAAACGAAAAAAAAAAAAGGAAAAAAAAGGAAAAAAGAAAAGAAAAGAAACUCGAGUCUUGUUGGUUUUUUUUUAGAACGCGAAAAAACAAAAAGAGAGAAAAAGAACCGAUACGGAUAGUCGUUCGAAAAAGUUUCAAAAAUUUUUUUAAAAAAGAAAAAGAAAAAAAGAAAACGCGAAACAAACGUUAAAAAUUGGGAGGCGGUCCAAAGUAAAAAAAAAAAAAAAAACAAGAACAAAAAUUGAAACGGAAAAAUAAAAAGGAAAAAAAAUUGGGACAAAGAAAAAUUAAAUUUAGGGAAAAAGGGAAAAGAAAAAGAGAAGAGAAGAGAAGAGAGAGAGAGAGAGAGUGAGAGAGAGAGAGGAAUGAAAAUGAAACGGUUCUUUCGACCUAGGAUUCACCUACGACACGUUCGAUUUCUUCGUUUCUUCGACUGGCAAUCGCGGACUGAAGAGUGCGGAAAUGAAUGGUAGCGUGCCGAAUUUUUUCUUCCCCCCAUGACAUCGUACGUCGACCGCGUUGUUGUUGUUGUUGUUGUUCCCUUCGGAGAUUCUCGAUGAGACUUUCGUUCCGUGACCGGUUCGUACGAAUAUCCCACCCCCACCUUUCCCCUCCCCCACCCCCACUCCCCGUUCCUCCACCUUUCUACUUUUUUUUUCAUUCCAAUUGUCUCUCCAUGAUCGCUUUUCUAUCCUUUCAAAGAAAAAAAAAGAAGAGAAAAAACGAUUUUCCUCAUUCUGUCCCGAGGUAAUUCAAAAGUCAAAACGAAACAAAAGAAAAAAAAAGAAAAAAAGAAAACAAACAUGAGGAAGAAGAAGAAAAAGAAGAAGAAAAAAACGAGAUAUUUUUAUUUCCUCUUUCGAUUCCCGACAUUUUGAACGCGCUUUUAAGUUUCGAAAAAGAAUACACGUUAAAAACGUUUCGACGGGUGGAAUAAAAAAAACAAAAGAAAAGAAGAAGAAAAAGGAAAAGGGAAGAAUAGAAACGAAAGGAGAAGUGGGAAAAACAAGAGAAAGAAAUUAAGAGGAGAGGAAUUGCAAAAUACUGAUUUUCUUUUGGAAAAGUCGAAGCGAAAUUGUACCUCGAUAAACUUCUCCGUUCCUCUUCAGGGGAAUAUCCCUCUUUUUAACCCCCUUUGUUCGCCAAUUUUUGAAAGUAGCCUAACGUCGUCAUCUUCGUUGAACGUAAAAGAAAAAAAAGAAGACACGCGCCGAGAAGCCGCCGGGUAGCCAGGCUUUUUCACCAUCUGGGACGAGAGAAGAAAAGAUUGCUAAAAGAUUCAUCGUCAAAGCUACAUUUAACGAUUGUACCCGCCUUCGCCACUCGGAACUCGAAGGGACGGAGCGAUUUCUCGUUUCCGAUUCUACCGCUGUCGCCAAUUUCUUUGACAUAAUUUUUUUCGAAAAAUUUCAAAAUUCCGGAUUCGAAUCUAUUCAUUCGUUCGUUUCUCUUUCUUUUUUUUUUUUUUUUUUUCCCUUCUUCUUCCGCGAGACGAACGAGAGAUCGGAGCGGUAGAGAGACAAAGAGAGAGAGAGAGAGAGAGAGAGAGAAAGAGAGGAAAAAAGAAGAAGGACGUCUCAAUCAAUCAAGAAUAAUAAGAUAAUGAUAAUGUUUUCGAAAAAUUCUCGAAAAUGUCCUCGAGUUCUCGGUAGGCGUGCAAGUGGGUCGAUCAUUGAUCGUUCUUAUUAUAACAAUUUUUGCGUUACAGGGCGUUUUUUCCUCGGAUUAAGUAGUAUGUAAAUACACCUUGAUAUCACAAGCAUAAACUGAGAAUUUACUGGUAAACUUAAAUCAAGUACAUAAUGCGAAAUAGGGUUAGUUUCUAUGUAAAUACCUAAAGCUGGACGAGUGCAUACACCUCGUUCACGCAACCAACGAUAAUCGUUUUUAUCGAACCAAUGCUUCUGUUCGUCAUCGGUGUACGCCUGGUCGUUGGUGAUCGCCCUUGUACACAACCCCUCCACCCUCCCGCCGAUAAUCCCAUCGACGGGACAAGCAAAAUUUUGGGGAAAAAUAAUCGAUCCGAGAGGGUUUGCGCAAGAACGUUCCCAAAAUGGGCGUCGCUGAUCGGGAAAUUUUUUUUUCUCGACACUGAUACACCCACACACACACACUCACACACCCACACACACACACACAGCAUUGCGAUGGAUUGUACAGCUACGAUAGGAUAGAGAAUAAGUAAGCCUCAGAACACAAUUCUUCACACACUCGCACCACCGGCACCGACUAGCCUCCAAAUUAAGACAGGGACCAAACGUUUGGCGAACACAAUUUUUUCCGAAUAUAAUUAUUCUCGAGGAAUAUAUUCGAUGGAGUAUGUGACAACAGUCUUUUCCAAAGGUUAUAUACAAAUAUACAAUGCAUUCAACGUUUCCGGCGCGAACGAUUCGUUUGUUUCGGCAAAGGUGCGGCCGCCGAUCAUCGUCCGAAAAAGAUCGGGGAGAUAUAUCCCGCCAAAAUUUUAGGGGAAAAGAAAAAAAAAAGAAGGAAACAAAAUCUGUAUCGCGAAAAUUUCUCGAAAUUCGAUAUUUCCGAUUUUAGGUGUUGCUCUGAAUGAAUGAGAGGUACGAAUUGAGCGAAUGUAACUGAAUGAAUAUUUGAAUUUGGGCAAAAAGAUCACAGGUCGAUUAAAAAAGAUCAGGUCGAUUCGGGAUAAUCAAUGAUACAAUAAACCGCCUUAAAAUUGAAAAUUGAUCGAAAAAUUACAAUGGAGAGGAAAAGAGAGCAAAAGAAAAGGAAGGAUCCAAGGAUCAUCUUUCCAAAACAAACGAAGAGAUAGGGAAAAAAAGAAGCAAAGAAAGAAAGGAAGAAAGAGAGAAAAAAAAAGAAAUAAAGAAAGAAAGAAAGAGAGAAAAUAAAAAGACGAUUUCUAGAAAAAGAAAA